AUGUCCCAAGAUUCCAUCACAUCUGACAUUCAAUCCAAUAUGGUCGUGAUAGCUGGUCUCGGACAUCGAAUCGCCUUUUUCGUUCCACCCACAUCGGACAACACACCCUCGUUGUUUGCUUCCCCUCUGCCUUGGACGAAAGAAGUUGAAAAGAAAGGUAGUACCUUAGGAUGGAAACCGGCUAAAUUCCGACUGGAAGAUUGGACCGAACCGGAGGAUGUUCAGAUGGCCCUGAGCCAACGUCGAACCCAGCCUAUGGGUACCGCUUACCAACCGAAAGGAGACUAUCCUCCACCAGAUCCGGUUACUGGGGCACCACGUAAUCCGGUCGGUCGUACAGGGGUACCCGGUCGAGGACAUUUGCCGUACUGGGGUGCAAAUCCCUCGAUGAUCCUGGUUGCUACCCGGACCGAAAAUAAGGGCAAAACCGGACGACCACAAAUUCUUUUUGCUAUGUUUAAUCAUCGAAUCGGUGGCCAGUUGCCCUGGUGCUUAAUUCGACAUUCGAAUACUUGUCCCGGGAUAGAGUGUACCAAGAAUCUGGUGGAUAUGCUGGUCAAUGCCAGGGUAACCGAGUGCAUUCGUGCAAAUCCGGAAAAACGUGCUUUAUUCGAACAAGCCAGAUCACACUAUCAACAAUGCAAAUUCCGUAAGGUGAGUUUUUUAUCCUGCCCCCCCCCCUUCUCAGUCCCGGACCGAGGAACUGGUUGGAGAGGCUUCAGCAACAGUUUAUCCGUCCUUAUUCGUAUACAUGGAUAA